AUGCCAUUUCUGUUAGGAAAUCUCAAGGAGCCGCAAAGUAUUUUUCGACUCCGCAGGUAAAAAUGUUCGGCGUAACGUCUUUUUGACGUGACGACGCGGUCAUCAAAACACAAGAAUUUUCUUCUUUCGCACUAGAAAAGCCCAACUAUCCGCUUACUAAAAAUCCCCCCGUUAUUCCCUCAUUUCGUGCAAACUUGUUUUCUGAACUAGUGGUGCCCCAGAAGUGCUACAGAAGACUCCAACAGCAAUGGCCCUCAAUAGUCGACAUCAAAAAUUGGAACAGCAGCGUCAGCUGAUGGAAGCGUACAUCAAGCAGAAACGAGCGUCUCCGGGAAUGAUUCAGGCCAGUGAUUUGCAGAUCACGCGGCCAAUGUCCGGAGCACGUGGUGGUCGUGAUUUGGCGCCAACACAUGCCUACGACGGGCCCCUUCAAUUUAUGACACACUCCGCCAAUCCCGAUGAGAUUCUACCUGCAAAAACUACCCCAACGAGUGGUGCAGAAGACCUUAUUCAGGACAUCGAAACGACAACAGCACACGAGGACGAGGACGAGGAAAGUACACCAAUCGAACCCGUAGCAACGACGCCCACAAAGGGUAAAUACGGGGAACGCCAUAGUGUGGGAAGUAUGAGAAACUCUGCAACACCCGUGUCGCCGGCUUCCAAUACCAAAUCCCCCCAGAUGCCGAGCAAUGAGCGCGAAGGGGAUGUUGUUGGUCAAAUUGAGCAAUGGGUAACGGCUCCAGCGCAUCAAGGUGUCCUCUAUAAGUGCCGUAUUACGCGAGAUCGAAAGGGUAUGGAUCGCGGACUAUUUCCCAUCUACUACCUGCACCUUGAGAAGGACUACGGGAAGAAGGUGUUUUUACUUGCUGGCCGAAAACGAAAAAAGAGUAAGACAUCGAAUUACGUGAUAAGUUGCGAUCCAACAGAUCUUUCGCGUCAAGCUGAUGGAUUUGUCGGGAAGCUACGAUCGAAUAUCUUUGGAACGACCUUCUUCGUUUACGACAGUGGCAACAAAGUCAAUGCAGAUACCCCAAGGCAGGACCUAGCUGUGGUAAUCUAUGAUACAAAUAUUCUGGGUUUCAAGGGGCCAAGGAAUAUGACGGUACUUUUGCCAGGAAUGACAGAAGAAGAUCAACGUGUGAGAAUAAGUUCCUGUGAUACACACCAACAGGGCCUUCUAGAUAGUUGGAAGAAUAAGAAUACGGAUAACAUUGUGGAGCUUCACAACAAAACACCCGUCUGGAAUGAUGAGACGCAAUCGUACGUGCUCAACUUCCACGGUCGCGUCACUCAGGCGUCCGUGAAGAAUUUCCAACUAAUCCACGACUCGGAUCCUGACUACAUUGUCAUGCAAUUCGGUCGGACGUCCGAGGAUAUCUUCACAAUGGAUUUCCGAUAUCCGCUGUGUGCCCUGCAGGCUUUCGCCAUUGCACUUAGCAGUUUUGACGGCAAAUUGGCAUGUGAAUAAAAUUUCGCGCCGCACAAAAUACAAACUUUGCUCAACUUUUCUUUCUAUAAAAGAAAAAAAAAGAAAACUUUUUCGAUAAAGUGAAAAUUCCCAGCAACACAUUUCGUGUGGGUGUGUGCUGUGAGGAAUUUAUUGCUUUGCCAGUGUGCGUGAUGUUUUGUUUGCGAGGUGUGAAAAAAUCGAAACAAAAAAAUUAACUAUAAAAAAUCACUUUGCGUUGCCUUAAAAGCAGAGACGAUAAAUCUCGAAUAUCAUGUGUUGAGAUAUUUAUUUAAUUAACAAGAGAAAAAAGAAAAA